CUCCUCUAUCCCUCCUACCCUCUCUUCGUGUUGUGUGUCCAUUGGCCUCGUCUGUGCGCGGAUCUCAAUGCCGGGGAAAAUGGAGCGCUUGACUGGUGUGUGGAGUUUGGGGCUGCUGCUGUGCCUUAGUUUUGGAGGGGCGUUGAGUCAGACAACCAACUACACCAGGCCUGUGUUUAACUGUGGGGGUGAUCUGGUUAGAGACUCAGGUUUUGUGGGCAGUGAAGGAUUUCCAUCGUUCUACAAACCAAACAGCAAAUGUACCUGGUACAUCACAGUACCAGUGGGUAAUGUGGUCAUGCUCACCUUUAGGAUUUUUGAUCUGGAGGCCGACCCCCUCUGUCGUUAUGACUAUCUAGAUGUUUAUAACGGACACUCUAACAUGGUGCAGAAGCUCGGGCGGUUCUGCGGAACGUUUCGGCCCGGAGCUCUCAUCUCCACAUCCAACACCAUGAUGAUAGAGAUGGUUUCAGAUUCAGGAACAGGAGGAAGAGGGUUCCUGGCCUACUUCAGUGGAGGAAAGCCACAUGUGGAUGAGCACCAGUUCUGUGGGGGGAAGCUCACAAAAUCUCAGGGCUCAGUCAAAACUCCCAACUGGCCUGAGAAAAAUUACCCACCUGGCAUCAGCUGUUCUUGGCUUAUCACAGUGGAGCCAGAAAUGGUGAUUGAGGUGAAGUUUGAUAAGUUUGAUUUGGAGUCUGACACCUACUGCCGUUUUGACUAUGUAGCAUUCUUUAAUGGAGGAGAAAAAGACAACUCACGACGCAUCGGAAAAUUUUGCGGAGACACUGCUCCCCAAAACAUUGUAACCAGUAGUAAUGUGCUAUUGGUGCAGUUUGUAUCUGACCUUAGUGUUACUUCAGACGGAUUCAUGGCUACAUACAACAGCAUUCCUCGUGGCCACCGCACUCCAACUGUAAGAGGCGAUGUCGUGUCAGGACCUAGAGUGCAAUCCACACCCACAAAGCCACUUUUCACCCCAGUUAAACCAGUGAGACCUGUUGCCAUGACAACAGAAAGACCCACUACAUCCACAACCACAACUACAACCACUACUACAGAGAAGCCACGACCCACACCCUUCAAAUUAAGUAAGCCUGUAAGACCUCCAGUCCGUAAACCAGGACCUGAUGGGCCAAAACCAGCCCCAGCAGUAAAUCCAAUGUGUGCAAAGGCAUGUAAGAGGGAUGGAACCAUCAAGACCAGCUUCUGUACUAGUGAGUUUGUGAUCACUGGUAUGCUGACAGCAUUGACCCCUGGACCUAAUGGAAGCCUGCAAGCUACAGUGUCCUUAAUUAAAGCAUAUAAGACUGGUAGUCUUACAAUCACCCAAGCUGGAGAGACCAUGUCUGUCAAACUUGUGAUACCCUGUAAAAAAUGUCCGUUGCUGCGCAGAGGUCAAAACUACAUCCUGAUGGGUCAGGUGGAUGAUGAAGGACGUGGCACUCUCAAUCCUGGUAGUUUUACCGCCUUGUACAAAGCUCCUCAUCACAAGAUGCUGACCACCAUCAACAAACAGCCAUGCUGAUCGCUCAGAUCUGUGUUAGCACUGGCAAGAGCCAAGCAACUAAUGGACACAAGAUAAAAGCUAUCCCCAAGUACAGUGGCCAAAAAACUCAAACCAGUCUGGAUAUUACUGUAAGAGAUAAUGCUCAGGAAGUUAUAUUCUCACGUGAUAUUUUGGACUGUUUUAAUUAAUCGAUGGAGCAUUAAAAACAGCUAAGAGCUGAAUUUUAUAGAGUUAUAAA